GGCCUCUUCUUCUAUUGUAUAUCAAAUCUCCUUUCUAUCUAUCCUUAUAAAAAACAGCAUCACUUCUUCUUCUUCUAUUGUACAAAAUGCUUCUGCAAGUAAUUUUUUUGUUGCUUCUCUCGCAAAUUGUUUUGUCACAGUCAAUCAUCAAGACACUUCCAGGAUUUCCCGGCAAUCUCCCCUUCAAAUUGGAAACUGGGUAUAUUGGUGUAGGGCAAUUGGAUGAGGUGCAAUUGUUCUACUACUUUGUUGAGUCUGAGGGGAAUCCACAAGAGGAUCCUCUUCUUCUUUGGUUGACCGGAGGCCCUGGUUGUUCUGGGUUUAGUGCCCUUGUAUAUGAAAUAGGUCCAUUAUCAUUCAACUAUGCAAAGUCCAGAGUGAAGCCAACCCUUGAGUUGAACCCAUAUUCAUGGACAAAGGUAGCCAGUAUAAUAUUUUUGGAUGCACCAGUUGGUACUGGAUUUUCAUAUGCAACAACUUCGCAGGCGUACCAAAGCAGCGACACUAACCAAGGGGCUGCAAAUUAUGAAUUUUUAAGGAAGGGAAUGAUGCAGGACGGAAUCCGAAAAUGAAUCUAGUGGUAUGAGGGGCUUGUUUGAUGUUUCUAUUGCCAAUAAUAAUAAAUUUUCCAUCAAAAUGAAGUAAUUGUAUCUGCAUAUUACAUAUAUCAUUUUUGCCACAUCUUUUACCUCCA